AUGUCGGCGUUUCGUCGGCGCGCAGGACGGGCCGGCGACACCCCGGCACCUAAAGGCGUACGAAAUGCCCCCUUUAUUGCACCAGUUCCACUUUUAUCCACAGGGAUCUCUGCCCUAGAUGAUAUUCUGUGUGGCGGCGGUAUCCUCGCCGGGUCCGUGCUGACCUUAGUGCCCUGUGCGGGCACAGCCAACGUGUCUGCUGCUGAGCUGGGCGCAUCGGCACAGGGUGGAGAGUUUGGUGCAGUGUUCAAUGAGCAGAUUCUCUCCGCCGCAGACGUGUACACGGACCUGUUUCUCAGUUACGUGACGGCGCAGGGCCUAGCGUCCGAGCACCACUGUGUGGUGAUAGGUGAAUCGGCGAGCUCGUUCGUUACGCACCUCAUGGGCCGCGUCGAUGACCCCGAGGCGCCGAAUAUGGACCGCUACGUCGAACGCGCAGCCGAGUCCGAGCCCUCCGCCGAGUCGCUGCAGCGGAUGAAAAUUGCGUGGCGGUACGAGCAGCCCAAGCCUGCGCCGCCUCCGCCCUCGCUUGAUCCAACAUUUACGACCGUAUUUGACCUUUCCAAGCGCAUAUCUCCGCAUCUCCUACGCCAAGCCGAGGCGAACCAUACCCUCACAACGUCGUCCCUCGAUGUGGGCCAUGCGCUCACCUCCGCUUGGCAUACCAUUGAGCAGGCCGCGAAACAUUGCCAGGCAGUCGCUGCAACCAGAAAGCAAGCGCCGGUAUUACGUAUCGUUGUCCGCGCGUUUGGAUCGCCCGUAUGGAUGGACCAAGCUUCCCCUAGCGACCUGGUGCGUUUCUUGCUGCGGCUACGCGCCCUGGCACGGUCCUUGUCGAUGCCGCCUGCCGAUGCUGAUACCCCCCCGAUUCCUUGCCUGGUUGGCAUUUCGCUAUCGUCCUUCUUGUGCUCGAGCGAAGGGCAGGUGAAUGUGAUCCACCGGCUGCUUCAUGCGUCGGACGCUUGCCUCGGGCUCUCGUCCUUUGCAGCGACGCCCGGACUGAGUGAAGUAUUUCCCGACUUUACAGGAGCGCUGCGGAUCUUUCGCACGCCAGCUAUCGGCACACUUACAAAUCCCUCGCUGCGUGCCUCGGUACUACGUGGUAUGGCCGCCGGCUCUGCGCCUGGCAGUCAGCGGGGCGAUGGUGGGGCAGGGGGUGGUGAGAACAAUCUCGCCUUCAAGGUCAAGCGCAAGCGCCUCGCCAUUGAGCCGCUGCAUCUGGAUACGGAAGGCGGACCGCCGGCAAGUGCAGUCAGCUCUAGCAUUUCCAUGGCGGACAAGACGCCCAAGGUCGCUCGUGCGGCGGCACCCCCUGCGGAGCCGCUGCCGGAGGAGCCUCAGCCUGCGACAGCCGCGCCUGCACCGACACCAGCGCCCCAGGCAGCGGUCCCUACUUCUAAGCCCUUUACGGGCCUGCAGAGUCUUAGGCAGCGCGGACUCGCGUUGGCCAAGGAUCGUCCGAACAUGUUAGCUCGACCGCAGGAUUAUGAAUUUUGA